CUGCAUGUGUGUGCCUUAAACUAAAAAGUGUGCAUCUUGAUAACGUACCUGCAACGUAGGAGAGGGCUCUGAAAACGUCUCGAGAAUGUCUGGUAAGAACUAUUUUGACGGGACCGAUGCGACGUAUGAUGUGGCUGUGGCUGCCUUCAAGUUACCAGUUGUUGUGUCACCGCAAACCAGUACACAGCAUAGUGAUAACAGCGGUAGCAAUUCAGUUAGACAUCGGCAGCAGAGUGAUCAUUCUACCAUCAAUAGUGGCUCGAGCAUCUCGAGGGAAAAUUCGGAAGAAGUUAGUGAAAGUGAAAACAUUGUUAGUAAACAUUCCGAUAGCGGUCCGGUCUGUGGUGCCGCUAGAGAUAAGACCGGUACGUUAUCAACGCAACUUACGAACGGCGGUGUAGGUGGUAGCAGCCACACAAGUGAAUCUAUGAUUUUCUCAUCGAUAAGAAGUGGCGAGGAGCAUGUAAACACUCCUUCGGUGAUUACAUCCAGUUCUAAGCAGUUACAGGAGAGUGCUCAGAAGAAUGAAGCAUUGACCAGUGCCAACCAACAGCUGACGUCUCCGCCACGAUACUCCACCUUGCAGCCCGUUCUCUCGGUUAGUCCGAAUUUGUACCAACACGGAAGUUACUUUAGCUAUCCUGGCCAGACAGAUCCUUCCUUCAACAGUUGGCCGUACGACUUGUCUUACAAAACAAGUGAUCCCAUACGUCAUCCGCAUCACGAACCACAGCCGGGAAACGAAGAACGCAGUUUGAGCCACCAUCACCAACACCAGCAAAGGGACGUCUACGGUGAUUCCAGCAAUCAUCAUUCGCACGAUCCGCAGAACCAGCAGCAGCAGCAUUCGAAUUUAAGCAUUAAUUCCAUUAGUAGCGAGUCGUCAGCCAUGAGGAGCAGUUUGUUAACGAUGUGUCCGACAUUCGGCUCCUCCUUGGGGCAGCAUAUUAGCGAGGAUUUGCACCACCAAGCAAACCAUCCUCAUCAGCACAAUUCGGCGAUAGAUGAGGUAAUUGCCGAUACCUUGAAGGACGAAAACUGCGCAAUCGUAGAUCAUUAUCUUACUCUUGGUGGUGCGGCUGGCAUGGUGCAUCCUGGUUCGGAUUUGGGUGGCGAUUCUCCCCAACAUCAUCACAGCGACCUGCAUGAUUUGAAAGACUAUAGUGCUGCAGUUUAUCAUAACAAUAAUGACAAAAGUGUGAUUAACUUCAACCAUCAUCACCAUCAUCAUCAGCUGCAGCAGCAGCAGCAACAGCAACAGAACGCACACAAUGGCAACAGCAGCGGAGGCGAAUCGCGAAGUCCCUCGGGUUAUUCGCACGAUGAACUAGACGGCAGUUUGGCGAGCUUUACUCAGUUGAUCAACGUACCUCGCGGGAGUGAUACCACCUCGACGUCGGUGUCUGUGGCGGCAGUCGCGGCCGCAACCAUGUACCAAUCAUCACCGGUUCACGACCAUGCGAGUGCAGCGCUGAUGCAGCACGGAACGAGCAUCUACGAUACCUUGCAAGGCGGCGUUCCUAGCAGUCCCUCGUACAGUCGUUGCAACUUUCCUUCGGCGGCUUCGAUGCAGUACUUCAAUACUAGCCCCACGCAUGAUCCGGCGCAUAUGUGGUCUUCCGGAAUAACCGACAGCGAAUACCUGAAAGGAAGUUUACCGGCUUUCCAGCGCAUCGUAUCCAAUACCAAUGCCGCGCGAGCUAAUAACUAUAAUUCCAUUUCAUCCAGCUAUGGCCAACAGACUGAUGCCUGGCCCACACACUACGAGGUCAGCGCAAUUGCAUUCAGUGGUGCAUCAUCCGGAACGUCCGGAAAUGGUCGACGGACGACGCCAACCUUGACACCAACGACUGCUUUUUCGGCAGCCGCCUCACUGACUGCAAUGGCCGCUGAACAGGGCGGGGAUCACUAUAAGAGCUAUGGCUACAAUUCAUUGACAACUCGCACCACUGAGGAGAAGCAAAGCCGAAGACUGAGUUCAGCGCGACGCGUCGGACUGCAAUGCUCAAACUGUGACACCAAAACUACUUCGCUCUGGAGACGCAAUCAGGUCGGCGAGCCGGUGUGCAACGCGUGCGGUCUCUACUACAAGUUGCACAACGUCAACCGACCGUUGACGAUGAAGAAGGACAACAUUCAGUCACGCAAACGCAAACCGAAGGGCAGCAAAAAUACCGACGGAGCAGCAUCGUCUAACUCGAAGAGCAGCAAUAGCAACAGCAGUGGCACCAACAAUAACACCAACAACAACAAUAGCAACAAUAACAAUAAUAGCACCACUACCAGCAGUAAUAAUAACUCGAGCAGCACCGCGAGCUCGUCCGUGUUGGGAAACUCCCUAUCCGAACUGAAAUCCUUGAAAGCUACGGUCGGUCACUCGGGAAUAAUUCAGUCAACUUCGACACACUCAAGCAUCGGCAGCAGCGUGUCCCCAACGCAUCAAUCGCCGUCACCUGCACAUCACAACCAGCUUUCGCCGAUUUCCUACACUGACCAAAUACCUUCGCCUACCAUUAUCAGCAGUAAUAACAACAAUAAUAACAGCAAGUAUAACCAUCAAAAGAGCGUCUUCAUGAUGCCACCGUACGGAACGUCGUUGCCCAAUCCUAGCAACAUGGCCAAUCAUCAAACGAAUGCGUCAUCGCUUAGCCCAAUGGGCUACCAUCUCAGCGGUAACGGACAGUCCAACGGCUCCAUGAUGAGUCCAAAGUUUCCUCAGAGCCCAUCGGAAUCACCGAGCAGCAUGUAUUACGAUAUGAUGCACUCCGAUGUGAAUGGCGUCGAUCAGCAUGGUCUGGGAUCGAUUGUGAAAAUGGAACCAAUGGCAAACCACUACUCAGCUGCCUAUCAGGCAAUGCACCAACAGGUGGUCCAACAACAUCAUCACCAUCAGCAGCAGCAGCACCAGCUUCAACAAAUGCAACUGCAGCAUCAGCAAUUGCAUCACCAGAGUCGAAGCCCGUCCGUUUCCGAUGAGAACGAACAAUCCCCGGAGUGUCUCGAAAACAAGCAUAACAUCACUCGGCCGACUGUGGUCUCCAUGCCCAGCUAAGCUGCAUAAUGCAGCACGAUGGGGGCGCACUGUGAAACAUAAAAAGAAAAACAAACAUUUCUGAAUCUCAUGCUCAGAAGCCAAAUGCUGAUAAAACCAAAAAGACUAAUAAGAAUAGCCAAACCAACAUUUUCUCUUGUGAUGAUUCAUCAUGACAAUAUUAUAUGUUAAUGUUCAUAUAGGCAGGUACUAUUAAGAGGAGAAGCUUUAUCUCUUUUCCAAAUUCGUUUAGAAUAUAGUUUCAUUUCGUUAUAGCGUGGUAACUAAUGUUGACGGUGAAGAUUUAAUUGUUUUGUAAAUAGAUCACCCAUUGUAAAAAGGCUUACAGCAUAAAAACGAGUGUGUCAUCUAAUCAACUGCUUCAGCCCAAAACUAUUGUAAGCUCCAAAGUUUUUGUUUUAAAACGAAGUUUGGUUAUACUGAUUGUGAAUACAUACAUACAACGUUCUUUUGAUCACCGUUACCUUUGAGAAGAAGAUUCUGCAACAGCACUUCUUGGUUUAGGUACAAAUGUUGCAAGUAGUGUAAAUGUAUAGGUUUUAGUGCAUGUGUGUACAUAAGGAAUAGCUCUCUGACUCCGAAAUGAAUACUUCAAAAACUUUCCAUACCGGUAAUUUAGAUCGAUCGAGCGCGAAAAGUUGCACUUGAUCAGUCGAGAGAAAAGAGGUCAAUUCUCAAUGACAAGAACCGUUGUCGAAGAAGAAAAAACUAUUGGUUAAUUCACGUGUUCUUAAACAUUAGUUUGUUAAAAUUGCGUUUAUUGUUAA